AUGCCGAGACUGGAACGUUCCGAGUUCGGUGAGAAGUGCUUGCGCCCUUUCGGCGACAUUGUGGACCGCUUCGCUGGCGGUGAUGGCAACCGUGAUCGCAAUGUCAUGCGGUUGUGGGUCAUCAAGGCAAGCGUGCUUUUGCCGGAGACAGAUACCUCAGCUUUCACCAUUCCUGGCCGCUUGACCAUUCAGGAUGUAGCAAAGCGGCGUGCGGCUUCUGGCAAGCUAAUCGCUGGUGCUGCAGCGGUAGCCGAUAUACACGCAUUCCGAGGCAUAACCCAGCACAACCACAAAACCGAAGCCAAGCGAUGGGAGUACCGCAUGACCGCAGAAGCCAAGACUCGAGGAGGCAGCUCCCUCAAGAACGCAGCUCGCUACCUUAAGACACCGGGCCUGAUCAGUUUAGGUGGCGGUCUGCCAAGCAGCGAGUACUUCCCUGUCUCCGAACUGGGCAUCCGUGUCCCUGAUCUCAGCGAACUUGACGCCGCCAGUGGGUGGUUGACAGCAGGCAAACACGACAUGGCAGAAGGUAAGUCGAUGUUUGACAUCGCCACCGCGUUCCAAUACGGUCAAGGCCACGGCGCGGCACAGCUCCUCCGUUGGCUUGUGGAGCAUACUGAGAUCGUGCAUGAUCCACCUUACGCGGAUUGGAGUUGUACCAUGACUGUUGGAUCGACAUCGGCCUUUGACAUGGCUUUACGUAUGUUUGCAAAACCUGGAGACUGGCUGCUCAGCGAAGAAUACACAUUUCCUGCCAUGGUUGAGACAGCUGCUCCGUUGGGCGUGAAAGUUGCCGCAGUAAGAAUGGAUGCGUACGGUAUGCUUGCAGACUCGCUUGACGAGGUGCUCAGUAACUGGGACUAUGCAGCCAGAGAUGGACCGAAGCCAUUCUUGAUGUAUACUGUACCUACAGGACAGAACCCGACGGGUUCGACGCAAACGCUGCAGAGGCGGAAGGAAGUCUACGCAGUGGCGCAAAAGCAUGAUCUCUACAUUCUGGAGGAUGAACCCUACUACUUCCUCCAAAUGCAACCCUACACCGGCCCUAAUGCUCCAGACGUUUCGCCACCGAAGUCGAAUGACGAGUUUCUGCGCUCAUUGGUUCCCUCUUAUCUGUCGCUGGAUACAGACGGCCGAGUAAUGCGGAUGGACUCUUUCUCCAAAAUCAUCGCUCCCGGUACUCGUUGUGGCUGGAUCACCGCCAGCGAGGAGGUUUGUGAGCGGUACCGCACGCACGCCGAUUUGUCUACACAAGGACCCAGCGGUGUGAGCCAGCUUAUGCUCUUCAUACUCCUAGAAGAACAUUGGGGUCACGCAGGCUAUCUGGACUGGCUCGUGCAUAUCCGGCUCGAAUACACAGCGCGCCGUGAUGUGAUCCUGGACGCUUGCGAGAAGUAUAUGCCCAAGGAGAUCGUGAGCUGGAACCCGCCGAUGGCUGGAAUGUUUUUGUGGCUGAAGAUCAACUGGCACAAGCAUCCCACGAGCACCAGCAAGACUCUGCUGGAAGUUGAGGAUGAGCUGUUCCAAAAAGUCAUCGGACACGGCACAUUACUGAUGAAAGGCUCAUGGUUCCUGGGAGAGAAAGGUAGUGCGGACAAUGAGAUGUUUCUGAGGGCCACGUAUGCGGCUGCUCCAUUCGAGCAGAUACGAGAAGCUGUUGGGAGGCUAGGAGAAGCUUUGAGGGAAGCCUUUGGGCUGAGGGCUUUGUCUAAUGGAGCGUAACAGCGCCGUAGAGAUGCGCAGCGGAAGAGGAGGCUUUACCAUGAGAACAAGGGAUAGCAACGAAAUCCCAGAGCGCUCUUCCAGAUGCGUGAUACAACGGCAAGAUGAGCAAACGACCGUACAUCUUAAAUAGGACGGUCAUGGUAGGGCUUUUUGACCGCCUUGUCCAAGCUCCUCUACGAACAAUGCAUCCGGUCGGGUACUCUAGCCCUGAACGCCUCACGAUGGGCAGUGCGAAUCAGUCCGCAGGAAACUUUCAAGAUCAAUCUAGGAAGAACGAGCGCGAUAACAUCAAGAACUUCCUCACAAGCGAAGAGCCUAUGCGCAAAUGGGAAGCCAGAAUCUCACCUUCGCCUACCAUCGACGCUCCCGUUCAUCGUCCUACUUACUCGGUUGCACGCAUUGAGGAGAAAGUCCGGCAAGGGCUUGACGUUCUGCUGCAG